UAUACAAGUACCGUGUGUCCUCAUGUGACAAAAUGUGUAAUCCUAAGUGGUUUUCCAACAUUGAUUCACUGCAUGCGAAUAGGUAAACAUUUUAUUUUGAAAGUACUCUACCGGAAGUUUUGGAUUUUAUUUGGCAUGUCGCCGGGGACGCAAGCAGGCAGAAAUCCAUACUGAGGGAAUUACGCUGGAGUGCAGAAUGGAGGUAUCAAAGAAAAGAAUCCUCCAAAAGCAUCUGGAGCCUGCGAGACCCCUGCGUCGAUGCCUCCACCUUGUCAUCGAGCCCAGCAAAAAUGGUGCUACAUGUGCUCAGGCACUGACGGAGGAAGUGGACCAAGAGAAACAUGUUGGCAUUGAGCAGAUCUGCAACUUGCACAAACAGAAAGAAGGCAGAAUAUCUUAUACAAGAGAUUUUUUAAUUGGCCUGGCAAAUUGUCCUGAGGCCAAGAAGAAGCCGGAGUUCUUGUUACAGCACCCCAUUAUCUUAACCAAGGCAAGAGAUGUUGGCCACCUAAGGCUUCAUGAAAUGAGGUGGAAUGGAGGAAAAGACGAAAUGAUGGCUGAAAGACUUCACUUACCCUAAGCAGGGUGUUGACUACUCAAUGGAGUGUUUCUGCUUUCUUUUUGCUUUUCUUGGUGAAUUUAAUUUAACUUUUGAUUUGCAUGUUUAUUAUUUUGAUAACAGUUUGCAGUGAAGUUGCACAAAAUCAUAAUACUAAACACCACUUUAUUUUCUUAAAUAUCAGUAUUAGUAUUGCUUAUAUUUUCUGCUGUGUAUUUUGGCUGUGGUGAAGUAUCUAUUUUUUGUAAAAAUGUUCUAAACAUAACGUGUUAUUGACUACUGUUAAGCUGUGGUGUUAAUGUUUCGUUGAAAGAAACAGCUUUUUAACACUGACUCAUCGCUCGUAUUAGUCAUUAAACAAGCCUCCCCUGAAGGGACAACAAUGUUUGUCAUCAGUCGUGUUUGCUGGUGUUACAUCAGCAUUGUAAUUUAAUGUGUCUUAUGAAAUGCGUUAGCUUUUCUUAUAAAGGAAAGCUUGGCUCAAC